CCGGCCCGGGGCAGCGGGGACCCCGGAGAGCCCCCGGCCCGGCCCCCGCCGCCGUGCGUGCCCGGGCGGGGCGAGCGAGGCGCCGGGGAGUUGGGAGCGACAGCGGCGGGGCGCGGCUCCAGCCAGGCCAGCCUGCCCCUCGCCAUGGCCCUGCCCCGCACCCUGGGCGAGCUGCAGCUGUACCGUGUGCUGCAACGGGCCAACCUGCUCUCCUACUACGAGACCUUCAUCCAGCAGGGCGGGGACGACGUGCAGCAGCUGUGUGAGGCGGGCGAGGAGGAGUUCCUGGAGAUCAUGGCGCUGGUCGGCAUGGCCACCAAGCCCCUGCACGUCCGGCGCCUCCAAAAGGCCUUGCGGGAGUGGGCAGCCAACCCCGGCCUCUUCAGCCAGCCCAUGGCCUCCCUGCCCGUCAGCAGCAUUCCCCUCUUCAAGAUCUCCGAGACCGGCGGGCGCAAGUCGCUCAGCAACGGGCACGCCAGCCCCGGCGAGACCCCGGGCAAGGGGGGCAGCGGGCUGGCCACGCCACCCGCCCGCAGCCCCUCAGAGCCAGGGGAGAAGCUCUCCCCCCUGCCGGCCCCCCAGUGGCCAGGGCGGAGCACCCCGGAGUCGGAGGGGGGCGGCGCGGAGGAGGACGGGGGACAGCCCCCCUUCUCGCCGGGGGUGGGCGGGGAGCCGGCCCCGGAGCAGCUGGACCCGGAGCUGGCGCGGACGGUGGCGGAGAGCGUUGAGCGGCUCCUGCAGAGCUGCCCGCGGGGGGGCGAACCGGAGCUGCGCGCCCUCAUGAAACUCAACAAGAAGCUGGCCAAGGCGGUCGGGCACAUCUUCCAGCUGGACGACGGGGACCGGCGCAAGGAGGAGGAGAUCCGGCGGCACAGCGCCAUCUACGGGCGGGGCGAGACCCGGCGCCGUGACGGCAAGCCGCUCACGCUGCACGAGCUGACCAUCAACGAGGCAGCAGCGCAGUUCUGCCUGCGCGACCACACGCUGCUGCUGCGCCGGGUGGAGCUCUUCUCCCUGUCGCGCCAGGUGGCCCGGGAAAGCACCUACCUGUCCUCGCUCAAGGGAGCCAGGUCGCAUCUGGACGAGAGCGGAGCCGUGCAGCCCAAGAAGCUGAAGCAGGAGGUGGGUGAGCAGAGCCGCCCCGAGCCCCUGCAGCUGCCGGGGGGGUCGGAGUCCUACGCCCCCCCGUACAGAGCCAGCCUGGAGGAGGACGCGGCCAGCCUGUCUGGAGAGAGCCUGGACGGGCACCUGCAGGCCGUCGGCUCCUGCCCCCGCCUCACGCCGCCCCCCAGCGCCGCCCCCGACCUGCCCCUCAGCCUCCCCGCCCAGGGGCUCUGGAGCCGCCACAUCCUGCAGCAGACGCUGAUGGACGAGGGGCUGCGCCUGGCCAGGCUGGUGUCCCACGAGCGCGUCGGGCACCUCAGCCCCUGCCUGCGGGGCAAGUCCCCGGGCCCAGAGUUCGAGGACGGGCUGGCAGAGGGGGGCCCCCCGGUCCCGGUUGAGUCCCGCCGCAGCAGCGUCAAGGUGGAGCAGGAGACCAGCCGGCAGUGAGCCGCAGAUGCCCCCUUGGUUGGGGUGGGGGCCCACGGCAGCUCCCCCCCUCCACUAACCAAGCAAUAACCACAUGCCUGGGGCGGGUGGGCCCCCCCACGAUCUCUCUUGGUGCCGGAGCACCCCCCCCCCCCCGUCUGCUCCCCAGAGAGCCGGGCCUGGGGGCCUGAUGCCCGUGGGAGGCUGGGCAGAGCUGCAGCAGAUAUCUGGCCAUGCCCAGGGCGAAGGGACGGGCCAGCGGGGAGGGCACCGCAUGGUUAAUGGAACCGGCUGGUCACGUUCCGACUGCCACGAGCCCCAGACAUCGCCCCCCUGCAGUUCCCCCCCCCCCCUCCAAAAUCCACCCCAGCCCCCUGCACUCGCAGCUGGGGUGAUGUGAAUUGUAACUCUUCAGUUGCGGGGGUGUUAAGGGGGGGGUGACAUUCAUCUGCCCCUCCCCCGAGAGGCAGGGAGAAGAAAGGAAUUGGGGGGGACCUCAGGAAGAGGGAAGGGCUCAGGGCUCUUGCAGGCAAAGCACAAGAAGGGGGGGUUGAAAGGGCCUGGGGGGGCUGAAGGGGCCACCAGGGGGUGAUUGCAGGGGGUGAGGAAGAGGAUUCUGAAUUCAGAGGGUCUGGCCCAGCCUUCCCCAGUAGCUGUGGUGGGCCGAGGCUGCGGGCAGGGAGGUCCUGGGGAGGGGGGGACACCUUCCCCAAAAUUCCCCCUUCCACCAUGGCCCCCCACUCCCCGUCUACCCCCCCCAAUUCACUGUCCCAGGAGUGCGAUCGUCCUGGUCUGCAAGCCCCACACCCUGAAAUCCAACCCCCAUCCCUGCUCCCGCCCUUGCCCAGCUGACCCCACCUGCUGUCCUUUGGGCAUCAGCCCCCCCCCCCCCCCAUAACACACCCAGGCACCAGCUGUAUCCCUACCCUAGGGGCUCUGGGGCUGGCUGUUUGCAUACAGCACAGGGUACAGGGCAGACAAUCCAGCCCCCAGCAUGAGGGGCAUUAAGGGGGGGGGAAGAGAGAUUUAAAGGGACAAUCAGGGUACCCCCAUGUCACCACUGCAGGGGGGGGGCAGAACAGAUUAAAAAGCCACCUGGCUGGUGGGGGCACCAGGGAAAAGAUGGGGGGGCUCCCCUCAGAACCAGUGUCACUGCCCUCGGCAUAUUUCACAGGAGGAUGUUCCCCACCUCCUCACUCACUGGGGGGUGGGGGGUCCAGGCUGCACUGUGGAGCCCCUGCUGGUGACGCCCCGUUCCCGACAGCGCUGGUUCGAGACCCGUUCACGCUCCUGUAGGCCACCGGCUUAGAGCAUUAGCGACUUUUCCUUUGCAACGUGUACAGUAGAUUAUUUAUUUUGUUAUUUUGGAAUAAAACUUUAUUUUAUGGCUUAA